AUGAGUGCAGAUAAUAAUAGGAUUAUAUUUUUCAUUAUAAUCCUUCUAUUCUUUCUCUCUUCACCGAGUGGGGACGGAGUUACUUCCCAGUAUGAAUUUGUACAGUUACAAUCCCUAAAAGCCCAGUUCAACCACGAGUUUGAGCUAUUCAAGAAUCUUACAUAUGAUUCCAAUUUCAAGAACAUAACGGGGUUGAAACUCUCCUACUAUGAUUCAUUGCAAGACCCUCUGAUCAAUGCAACUUAUCCAAUACCAGGCAAGGACUACACCUCUUGGGAACCAACCGAGAAAUAUAUGAUGCUUCCUCAGGAAAUCAUCGAUACGGUUAAUCAAGAUGUAUGGAACGGAAAAAAGCUAUUAUUUCCUCCUAAUAUCACAAGCAACCUAUAUGGUAAGAUAGAUCUAUUAGAGAACAACAAAUAUGCAAAAAUAAGAAUGCCGAUUGCUAAUUUCUACAAUCCCCCGGAAUCACUUCAAGAGGAAGAGCCAGCACAAGGAGAAUAUUACUUAAACACCGAUGAUUCUGGCAAUGCCGGAAAUCAUGGAGAACUUCAUAAUGUGACCUGGAAACAUGGUAUAGUGGAUGUCAGUAUCCAACAUUUAGACUCUGUUGAGAAUUCAUUAAGUUUAUCACCAGCAACAGUGCUCAAUGGGGGAACAGAGUUUGAGACAGAUGACGGACAUUGGAAGAUCUUACACUUGAACGUUAAUUUCUACAAUAAGGAAGAAACGGAAAAACACUCCAUCUCGACGAAGGGUAUAUACGAUAUUUGGACAGGAAAAAUCUUAAUAAUGUCCCAAAGUGCUAAGUUUCACUCCCUUUUUGCAUUCCCACAUUAUUUGGCUAAUAAUGAAGAUGAAUUUAAACAAGUCAAAAGGUUAAUUGAGAAGUAUUGGAAUGCCACCAAUUUUGUCGAUUCGUUGAGUAUGUCUAAUUUGCAACAUUGGUCGGAUGAAGCCACGACCAAAUGUGAAUACUUCGGGUUCUUGCAGCUAGAAUCCUGGAAUCAAUUUACACCAGACCAAAUUCGGAUGAUAGACGAAGAAUUGAAAUGGCCUUUGGGGAGGCCUAUCAACCGUUCUAAUUUACCACCAAUUCGCUUAAAGAACGCACUAUUAUAUUCCCCAGACUGUGGUGUGUCUCUAAAGAUGAGAGACACUUUUGGACCCAGAUAUGAACUACAAAUACAAACAAUCAGAAUUCACUUGUUAUUGGGUGUGUUACUCUUUUUAGCACAGAUAUACCUUCUCCUAUGUCAAAUGAACCAUACAAAUACCCCUAGUUCUGUUAAUAAGAUCUCAUAUUGGUGUUUGUUUAUGAUGAACCUUGUUGAUGGAUGCUUAGCAAUGCUUUACUUCCUUGCGUCCCCUCUACUCCAAGAACUUUACCUUCCAUUAUGUAUCAGUGCGUUUGCUUGCUUCAUUUUAGCAAGUGUUUUUGAGAUUCGUUACAUGAUUUCGGUAUAUGCUUCACAAGUUAACGAACAAGGAGUUGGUAUAUUAACUCUACUUCGUGGUGGAUCUGAACCACAUAAUACUGUAAACCGUAUAAUGCCAGAUGAAGCUGCUAUUAGUAGUUCCUUAUAUGGUCGGUUUUUCUUUACCUUGGUGGUCUCCAUAUUUAUUCUUUUAUCAUCGUUACUAUGGCCCAAAGGCAUUAGGAUGAUAUUUGAAUAUACGGUACUUGCAUUACUAAAUUCCUACUGGGUUCCUCAAAUAUAUAGAAAUGCUGUGAAAGGUAGUGACCCAAGGCGACGUCGUCAAAACGGCUAUCAGUCAUUACAAAACGCAGAUUCGAACGCCAUCCCUUUGCUGUGGUCCUUUGUUAUCGGAACUUCUGUAAUAAGAUUAGUUCCUAUCGUUUAUGUUUUCACAUAUCCAUCAAAUGUGUUCCGCCAUGACAAGGAUGUUCGAUUUGCUGUCCUUCUCUCCCUUUGGAUGCUUUUCCAAAUUCUAAUCCUUUAUUCUCAAGAUCUUCUCGGGUCGAGAUGGUUCUUACCUAAACACGUCAUGCCAGAUGGAUAUCACUACCAUAAAGGCGUUCCCGUAUCUAUUCUUAUGGAAUAUGGAUCUGAGGAUAACACAUUUGCUUGUCCUAUUUGCAUGGUAGACGUUCCAGUGUACGUUGAAGAGAAAGAAGAGACGCAUAAAGUAGAUAUACAAAGUUAUAUGGUGACUCCAUGUUCCCAUGUAUUCCACACGGAAUGUCUUGAGAACUGGAUGAGUUACAAGCUACAAUGCCCAGUGUGUAGAGCAGCGCUCCCUCCACUAUAA